GCGGGGUCAGCUAGAGCUCUGGCUGUGCGUGGCUUCCGCUGUCCCCCGCAUCCCUCGGGUUCUUGCUCUGUGCGUGUAUCGGGUACCCGCCAACACCAUGCUCCUCCGCCUGCUCCUGCUGCUUGCGCCGUGCGGGGCGGGCUUCGCUACCGAGGUGGUCAGCAUCAGCUUGCGGGGAAACUGGAAGAUCCACAGCGGGAACGGUUCGCUGCAGCUGCCCGCGGCGGUUCCCGGUUGUGUGCACAGCGCCUUGUUCCACCAGAGGAUCAUCAAGGAUCCUUACUACAGAUUUAAUAACCUUGACUACAGAUGGAUCGCCUUGGAUAACUGGACCUAUACCAAGAAAUUUAAACUCCGCUUUGAUAUGAGCAAAUGGAGUAAAGUAAAUUUGGUUUUUGAGGGUAUCGAUACAGUUGCAGUAGUCCUGCUCAACAGCGUUCCUAUUGGCAAAACAGACAACAUGUUCAGAAGAUACAGCUUUGAUAUUACACAUGUGGUCCAAGCAGUGAACAUCAUUGAGGUGCGUUUCCAGUCACCAGUGAUAUAUGCGGACCAGAGGAGUAAACUUCACACUGCCUACUGGGUGCCCCCCAGCUGCCCUCCGCCUGUGCAGGAUGGCGAAUGUCAUGUCAACUUUAUUCGCAAGAUGCAGUGUUCCUUUGGUUGGGACUGGGGACCUUCUUUUCCUACCCAGGGCAUCUGGAAAGAUGUUAGAAUUGAAGCCUAUAAUAUUUGUCAUCUGAACUACUUCACGUUUACCCCCAUCUAUGAUAACUAUAUGAAGACAUGGAAUCUUAAAAUAGAGUCUUCUUUUGAUGUUGUCAGUUCAAAGCUGGUUUCUGGUGAAGCGAUUGUAGCCAUCCCUGAAUUAAACAUACAGCAGACAAACAACAUUGAACUUCAGCAUGGGGAAAGGACUGUUAAGCUCUUUGUGAAAAUCGACAAGGCUGUUAUUGUAGAAACUUGGUGGCCUCACGGACAUGGAAACCAGACUGGCUACAACAUGACAGUUCUUUUUGAGCUGGAUGGAGGCUUACGUUUUGAAAAAUCAGCUAAGGUUUAUUUUAGGACAGUGGAACUUGUAGAAGAGCCCAUACAAGAUUCUCCUGGUCUGAGUUUCUACUUCAAAAUUAAUGGCCUUCCCAUAUUUCUGAAAGGCUCGAAUUGGAUCCCUGCAGAUUUAUUCCAGGAUAGAGUAACCUCUGCCUUGUUACGGCUCCUUUUGCAGUCUGUUGUGGAUGCUAACAUGAAUGCUCUCCGGGUUUGGGGAGGAGGAAUUUAUGAGCAGGAUGAAUUCUACAAACUCUGUGAUGAACUAGGAAUAAUGAUAUGGCAGGAUUUUAUGUUUGCCUGUGCACUUUACCCAACCGAUGAGGAUUUCAUGGAUUCUGUGAGAGAAGAAGUCACUCAACAGGUCCGGAGAUUGAAAUCUCAUCCCUCCAUCAUCACAUGGAGUGGAAAUAAUGAAAAUGAAGCAGCACUAAUGAUGGGUUGGUAUGAUACACAGCCCAACUACUCGCAUAUCUACAUCAAUGACUAUGUGACGCUGUACGUGAAAAACAUCCGAACGAUCGUCUUAGAAGGAGACCAGACUCGUCCUUUUAUCACAUCCAGUCCUACAAAUGGGGCCAAAACCACUGCAGAAGGUUGGCUUUCUCCAAACCCCUAUGACCUGAAUUAUGGGGACGUACAUUUUUAUGAUUAUAUGAGUGACUGCUGGGAUUGGAGAACUUUCCCCAAAGCUCGAUUUGUAUCUGAGUAUGGAUAUCAGUCCUGGCCUUCCUUCAGUACAUUAGAAAAGGUUUCCUCUGAAGAGGACUGGUCUUACGAAAGCAGGUUUGCACUUCAUCGGCAACAUUUGAUUGACGGUAACAAUAAAAUGCUUAAGCAGAUCGAACUUCACUUCAAGCUCCCACACAGUGCAGAUCAACUACGCAGGUUCAAAGACACUCUUUAUCUUACUCAGGUGAUGCAGGCCCAGUGUGUCAAAACAGAAACUGAAUUCUACCGUCGCAGUCGCAAUGAGAUAGUGAGUGGAAAAGGGCACACCAUGGGGGCGCUUUAUUGGCAGCUGAAUGACAUCUGGCAGGCUCCUUCCUGGUCCUCUCUGGAGUAUGGAGGAAAGUGGAAAAUGCUUCAUUACUUUGCUCGGCAUUUCUUCGCCCCACUGUUAGCGGUGGGAUUUGAGGAUAAAGAUGUGCUUUUCAUCUAUGGUGUGUCAGAUCUUCACUCAGACCAUCAGACGAUGCUCACUGUGAGAGUCCACACUUGGAGUUCGCUGGAGCUCGUAUGCUCUGAGUCGACUAAGCCUUUUGUGAUAAAAGCUGGGGAGUCUGUUCUCCUGUAUAUUAAGCCAGUGCCUGAGUUGUUAAAAGGAUGUCCCAGAUGUACACGACAAAGCUGUGUGGUUUCCUUUUACCUGUCAACUGACGGGGAACUCUUGAGCCCAGUCAACUAUCACUUCCUGUCCUCGCUGAAGAAUGCCAAGGGACUCCUCAAGGCAAAUAUCACUGCCACCAUCUCGCAGCAAGGGGACACAUUUGUUUUUGAUCUGAAAACCUCAGCUGUCGCUCCCUUUGUUUGGUUGGAUGUAGGAAGCAUCCCAGGGAGAUUCAGUGACAAUGGUUUCCUCAUGACUGAGAAGACACGGACUGUAUUCUUUUACCCUUGGAAACCCACCAGCCAGAGUGAAUUGGAGCAAUCUUUUCAUGUGACUUCACUGGCUGAUACUUACUGACGGAUCCAGGUUGUAUUUUCGAGAGCUGAAGGCAACUAGAAACAAGUUGAAGAAGCCAGGAAAUGCAUCUGCUUGCUGUCAGAUGUCUAAUUAGCCACUUGGUUCUCCCAGGGAAGGCUGUGUAUAUUCAGGGGAUGUCCUCAGCAAAGCUGUGCCUGGGUGCUGUUCAGUCCGCACCAGGGCUGUGUCUUUAGCUCUUCCUUUCACACCACAUGAAUCAGUUCUAACCCAGCUGUCUCUGCUAACCCCACAGGGAGGUCCUGUCCGCAUGCAGUCCUUUAAGAGAAUCAGAGGUACACUCCCAGGUAGCCCUUUAAGGGAAUCACGGUGAUAACCAUUGUGGUAUCUGUGGAAUCAAAUGUGGAAGGUUGUGAGGGCACGUAGGCCCCUCUGGUUCGCUUUGAGAAAUACCAAACGAUUGAAAUGAAACUGCUUUGUCAUUAUUUCCAGAGGAAAUAGAGAUUCAGAUGUUGCAAUAGAAAGAGCUGUCUGGGUGGUAGCCAUAUUGGUUAUUGAUGCUGGAAAGUUUGGUGGGAUGGAUUGUUGCCAUUCGAUUACUUUUUGAGUAGGAAUCUUUUUUCAUUUGUGAGGUGUUUUUUUUUUAAUAUUUGUUUUAACAGUAAUAAUUUAUUUUUCCAAAGGCAAUUAGUGAUUCGUCUUUGGGGAAAAAAAGCUCACAUUGAAAUGGACAUCACCUUCAUCACGUUGGAAACUUUUGGGUGUCCCGACAUAAGUGGUCACCUGUAUUAUGUAUGGGCUUCAGAUUUGGUUAAGUCCAGUGAACUUUCCAAUUCAAGGCUAUGGUUUGAUUUGCAUGUGAUGAACCUGGCAGCAAAGUGGUAUUGCUUUUAACUUGAGAUUGAGCCAUUUUAAAAAACACUGAUUAAUUAUAAUUGCUAUGAAAUCAUUGUGUUCUGCAUCAUCCUGUUUAUAAAAUUACAUUGAUACUGAAGCAAGGGGCAAAAUGUUAAUAAGUAGUCAAUUUGAGUAAAGGUGUAUAGGAAUUUUUUUGUUCUGCUUUUGCAACUUUUCUGUAAGUUUGAAAUAUAUAAAAAAUUUAAGGUUAUAUAAAUUGCAUUGACAAUUUGG